GGCACUUCCUGUUGUCCCUAAUCCCAGCCUCCGCCGGACUUCCCGGCCCGUGCAGUCUGGCUGCUGAUACUCACUUCAUCCCCGGCAGGGGGGCUCCACGGCACCCCAGGUUCCUCCUUUGCCUCUACCUAGGCGAAAAAGCGAUGGUUGGGAGAGCAUCGGGAAAUCAGCUUGUGCAGUCAGCUUGCAGAAGGGGACAGGGUCAAAGGUGGAAGGCUUCAGGCUGGCAGGAGAGAAUGAGGGGGCUGAACCCAGGAUGGGGAAGAUGAGGACAUCUCCCACCGGACCAUGACCAGGAUGGAAAUACCCAGUGGGGAACCUGCAGCUGUGCGAGACCUGUCGAGAGUGGACAGCUGAUCGAGGACUCCAGGCCAAGCUGUGUUCUGCUGGGACACACGGCAGGCAUCACCCCACUGGCACCUCUUUUGAAGGCUCUUCGUAGAGCUUUCUGUGCCUCAUGGCAAGAAACCCUGAUUCCAAUUUAGUCCUCACUUUCUCUGAGCUGUCUUCACUGAUAUUUGAGGCUCUUGCUUCAGUGACAAAGGGAACAGCACCAUUCCUUUCAAAGAAACCAGAAAACAUCAUUUAGCACGGGACUCCAUAGGGUUCCUGGCUAAAACCUGGAGGGGGCUUGAUGAACAGGGGAGAGAGAAUCAUUUGCCGUUCUCCUCUCUCUGAUUUAGAAGAUGUCUGCAGACAGUAAAAACAUCCUGAAUACCAAAAGCAAGGAGAAAACCCAUGAGGUUCUAGGUCAUGGACAAUGCUAUGGAGACAUGCUUUCUGGGCAGGAGGAGACAGCACCCUUGGGAGCCUCUCAGGAGUCAAUACAUGUUAAGGCAGAGCCAGAAGAACCACACCCUGAGGGGACAUCACCGGAGGACAGGGCUCCAGGAACACAGGGCUGGAUGCCUCCAAGUCCUGGCUGUAAGGGGAAAGCCCUGCUCCUGCCUGGUGGAGCUCUUCCCUCACCCUGCAUCCCUGUGCUGUCCCGAGGUGGGAGGACUAGAGGUGGACAGGUGGCUGCUGCUCUCCUCACUGCCUGGUCCCAUAUGCCGGUGACCUUUGAGGAUGUGGCUCUGUACCUCUCCAAGGAGGAGUGGGGAAGGCUGGACCACACACAGCAAAAUUUCUACAGGGAUGUACUACAGGAGGAAAAUGGGCUGGCUUUGGGGUUCCCGUGCAGCAGACCGUUCAGGGUCCCCCGAGUUCAGGGGAAGGGUGAGAUGACAAGUCCCAGCAGAUCAGCUGGAGCUGAGAGGAGAGGCCUCGGUUCAGGAGUUGUGGAAAUGGGGAAGAUGGUACCCACCCUAGCCGUGGCAACCCUAGGGGAUACGAAACCCUUAAGGGCCAGGGCCAGGUGGGCCCUGAGGGAAGAGCCACAGUGUGGUCAGCAAGUGGCUUGUGGCCUGGGUGCAAAGAUGGCCAGAGACGCUGGGGAAGCCAGGCAGCCAAAGCCAUCCCUGCCCGACACGCAUCCUCUCAAGACCCCAGAGGACAGCAGCCUAGAGAAACCCAGCGAGAAGGGUGCCCGGGAAAGUGGUGAGGAGGGGCUGGUUCCCGACGGUGAAACGGGCAAGAAGACGUACAAAUGUGAGCAGUGUGGCAAGGGCUUCAGCUGGCACUCGCACCUGGUGACACACCGGCGCACACACACGGGUGAGAAGCCCUAUACCUGCACCGACUGUGGCAAGCGCUUCGGCCGCAGCUCGCACCUCAUCCAGCACCAGAUCAUCCACACGGGCGAGAAGCCCUACACCUGUUCCUCGUGUUGGAAGAGCUUCAGCCACCACUCCACGCUGAUCCAGCACCAGCGGAUCCACACCGGUGAGAAGCCCUACGUGUGCGACCGCUGCCCCAAGCGUUUCACCCGCCGCUCCGACCUAGUCACACACCAGGGCACUCACACGGGCGCCAAGCCGCACAAGUGCCCUCUCUGCGGCAAGUGCUUCACGCAGAGCUCCGCCCUGGUCACGCACCAGCGCACCCACACCGGCGUCAAGCCUUACCCGUGCCCCGAGUGCGGCAAGUGCUUCAGCCAGCGCUCCAACCUCAUCGCGCACACUCGCACGCACACGGGCGAGAAGCCCUACCACUGCCCCGACUGCGGCAAGAGCUUCAGCCACAGCUCGCACCUCACUGCCCACCAGCGCACACACCGCGGUGUGCGGCCCUAUUCCUGCCCGCUGUGCGCCAAGAGCUUCAGUCGCCGCUCCAACCUGCACCGGCACGAGAAGAUUCACACGACUGAGAAACCCCACAGCUGCGGGCAGUGUGGGAAGCGCUUCCGCUGGGGCUCAGACCUAGCCCGGCAUCAGCGAACACACACUGGUGAGAAGCCACACAAGUGCCCUGAAUGCGACAAGAGCUUCCGCAGCUCUUCUGACCUGGUGCGUCACCAGGGCGUGCACACGGGCGAGAAGCCCUUCUCUUGUGCUGAGUGUGGCAAGAGCUUCAGCCGCAGCGCCUACCUGGCUGACCACCAGCGCAUCCACACGGGCGAGAAGCCCUUCGGCUGCAGCGACUGUGGCAAGAGUUUCUCGUUGCGCUCCUACCUGCUGGACCACCGGCGUGUGCACACAGGCGAGCGGCCUUUUGGCUGUGGCGAGUGUGACAAGAGCUUCAAGCAGCGUGCACACCUCAUCGCGCACCAGAGCCUGCAUGCCAAGAUGGCCCAACCCGUGGGGGAAAGUACAGUGUGCAGGGUUCAAGGGUAGCCUUGAUACUCAGCAGCUCUGGGGUGUCUGCGGCUACAGUUGCUGCCCUGGAUGGUGUGUCCCAGGCUCUGGGCUUUGAAAGCUGUGAGAAGAGGAAGGUCCCAGUUCAGAGCUUCCUUGGGGAGCUGCGUUUGUUCCUGGAGCAGCUAGAUGUCCACAGCGGUCCUGUGGGGUGUGCCCUUGUGGUCUUGAUGGCCCCCAGUGGGCAGUUAAGGCGUCCACAGCUGCUGGUUCAGGAGCUGAGUCGCUGUGG